AUGGGCCGGUUCGACGCGCACGACCAUCUCGUGAAGCAGGGCUGGAAGGGAAAGGGCACUGCCCUCAAGAACGGCCACCUCACGCGCCCUAUCCCUGUCGUGCAGAAGAAGACCCUCUCCGGCAUCGGCAAGGAUCGAGACGAGUCCAUUCCCUUCUGGGACCACAUCUUCGCCUCGACCGCUGCCUCUAUUGCUUCCAGCGCCAAUGGCACGCCCUCCGCCUCAGGCGCCUCCACGCCGCAAGCCGCUCCGAAACCGAAACCGGCCAGCACCAUGAGCAUCGCAGCCAGGAGCUCGAAGGAGAUCGCCAAGCGGAAACUGUAUUCGGGCUUCUUCCGGGGGAAAACGUUUUCGGAGGACAACUCGGAGGCUGAGGCGUCGGACCCGGAGACCAAGGUGACGGUGACGAAGACGACGAUCGAGACGGUGCAGGUUCAGCCGGCUGCUCCCUCGUCCUCCACCUCGAGUUCGAGCGAGAAGAAGGAGAAGUCCGACAAGAAGGAGAAAAAGGACAAGAAGGACAAGUCUGAGAAGAAGGACAAGGAGAGCAAGAAGCGGAAACGAUCGUCUGAGGACAAGUCCAAGACGGUCGAGGACAAGGAGGCGCGCCGUCUCCGCCGCCGGCUGCGGAAGGAGGAGAAGGAGCUCUCAGCUGCCCGGCGAGCACUCCGCAAGGCCGAGAAGGAGGAGCGUGCGGCGCUGAAGGCGGAGCGCAAGGCUCUGAAGGCUGAGCGGGCGGCUAUGAAGGCGGAGCUGGCGAGUGAGAAGGAGAAGGAGAAGGAGGCCAAGGCGAGAAGGAAGGCGGAGAAGGCUGCCAGGAAAGUGGGCAAGGUGGAGAAGGAGGCGAAGUAA